AGCAAACAAUGAAACAAACAGCAAAGGUCCCCACGCGUCCGUCGUGUGGACUGUGGACGCAAUAGGUGUGCGAGGAGAGGAGAAGGCUGACUGAUUCUUCUUCGCUGCGCUUUCUGCUGUGCUUCCUAACCAUCCUUGGGUUGGCUUGCUUCCUUUUGACAUUCGGUCGUUUGCUUAUUUUAAUUAAGCUUCUCUUCCUCUUUCUCUUUGCUUUUCCAGAUUAGAUGGGCACGGGGGACUAGCCCAUUUUCAUUUUCUGCUUCAUGCUUCGUCCAGGAGGAUUUACUUAAAUUGUUAUGAUUGGGUUUUGAUUUUGGACAACAGCUUGAAGGUAGCGUUGAAAGUGUUUUCCCUUUUCUAUUCUCGAGCAUCUGAUGGGCAACUGCCUUGAUUCUUCUGCUAGAGUAGACAUCACUCAGACCCACAGCUCCCAAACUACUUCUGCUUCAGGAAUCUCAAAAACUGUGAGCAAAACCAGCCAUUCUUCAGCUCCUUCCAGCUUUACUAUUCCAUCUCAUGGUGCACAGAGCAGUGCUGAAAGCCUUCCUACACCAAGAUCAGAAGGCGAAAUAUUAUCCUCCCCUCAUCUGAAAGCCUUCUCAUUUAAUGAGCUAAAGAAUGCCACCAGAAACUUCCGUCCCGACAGUCUUCUUGGUGAAGGAGGUUUUGGUUAUGUUUUCAAAGGAUGGAUAGAUGAACACACUCUUUCUGCUGUGAGGCCUGGAUCUGGUUUGGUUGUUGCAGUCAAGAAGCUUAAGCCUGAGGGCUUUCAAGGCCACAAAGAGUGGUUGACUGAAGUUAAUUAUCUUGGCCAACUUCAUCAUCCAAAUUUAGUUAAACUUAUUGGGUACUGCUUCGAGGGGGAGAACCGGCUUUUGGUCUAUGAGUUCAUGCCCAAGGGAAGCUUGGAAAAUCAUCUGUUCAGGCGAGGGCCGCAGCCACUCUCUUGGGCAAUAAGGAUUAAAGUUGCCACAGGUGCUGCCAGAGGUCUCUCUUUCCUACAUGAUGCUGAGGAACAAGUUAUAUAUCGUGAUUUCAAGGCUUCUAAUAUCUUGCUAGAUGCGGAAUUCAAUGCAAAACUUUCUGAUUUUGGUUUGGCCAAGGCAGGGCCCACUGGCGACAGGACUCAUGUGUCCACGCAAGUAAUGGGUACCCACGGCUAUGCAGCACCUGAAUAUGUUGCCACAGGUCGGCUCACAGCAAAAAGUGACGUUUACAGCUUUGGCGUUGUGAUGUUGGAACUGUUGUCUGGACGUCGUGCUGUCGAUAAAACAAAAACAGGAGUGGAACAGAAUCUGGUAGAUUGGGCAAAACCAUAUCUGGGUGACAAACGAAAAUUAUUCCGUAUUAUGGACACCAAGUUGGAGGGGCAGUACCCCCAGAAGGCAGCCUUCACGGCUGCUUCCCUUGCCUUACAAUGCUUAAACCCUGAAGCUAAAGUCAGGCCUCGAAUGUCUGAGGUUUUAGUGGCACUCGAGCAAAUCCAAGCCCCCAAAAAUGCUGCCAAACACACCCAACCAGAGCGUCAAACAAUUUCUGAGCCCCCUUAUAAGUCCCCAUUGAGACAACAUCGAUCGCCCUUGCAUAUGACGCCCUUGGCGUCCCCAUUGCGAUCCCACCAUCAAUCCCCAAGAGUACGUUGACCAUAGAAACAAUUAUUCUAGGCCACCGAUUCCCUGUAAAUUUCUUUUUGGUUUCCAUGUUUGUUGUAGAAUGCUGUAUGAGCAUUGUUCUAUAAAAAAAUAACUUCACCACCUGUAUUUUGAAUAUAUUCAUCCUUUGUUUUU